AUGACAGUGCAAGAUGUUCCUCAUGCCUUCCCUACACUGGAUGUUCCAGACCAUGCCCACUACACAAUUGGAACUGUCAUUCUGGUGGUGGGGAUCACCGGAACGCUGGGUAACUUCCUGGUCAUCUAUGCGUUCUGCAGGAGUAGGAGCCUUCGAACUCCAGCCAACAUGUUCAUCAUCAAUCUAGCUAUUAGCGACUUCCUAAUGUCCAUCACACAGGCUCCAAUUUUCUUCACUACCAGUCUCCACAAGCACUGGAUUUUUGGCAAGAAAGGUUGUGAGCUGUAUGCCUUCUGCGGAGCCCUUUUUGGCAUUACAUCCAUGAUCACAUUGAUGGCAAUCGCACUGGACAGAUAUUUUGUGAUCACACGACCGCUGGCCUCCAUUGUGGUGAUGUCCAAGAAGAAGGCUUUGAUAAUCCUGCUAGGAGUCUGGCUGUACUCUUUGGCUUGGAGCCUCCCACCCUUCUUUGGAUGGAGUGCUUAUGUUCCGGAGGGUUUGUUGACUUCCUGUUCCUGGGACUACGUGACCUUUACCCCAUCAGUCCGUGCCUAUACAAUGCUCCUCUUCUGCUUUGUCUUCUUCAUUCCUCUGAUUGCCAUCAUAUACAGUUAUGUCUUUAUCUUCAAGGCUAUCAAGAAUACCAAUGAGGCUGUUCAGAACAUUGGUUCUGAUGCUAAUAAAGUAUCCCAGAGACAGUAUCAGAGGAUGAAGAAUGAAUGGAAAAUGGCCAAAAUUGCCUUGAUUGUCAUCUUACUUUACGUCAUUUCCUGGUCACCAUAUUCUGUUGUAGCUCUGGUGGCUUUUGCUGGGUAUUCCCAUCUCCUGACACCCUUUAUGAACACCGUACCAGCUGUGAUUGCCAAAGCUUCUGCCAUCCACAACCCCAUCAUUUAUGCCAUAACUCAUCCCAAAUACAGAAUGGCCAUUGCAAAGUAUGUGCCGUGCCUUCGACCCCUGCUAAGAGUUUCUCGUAAAGACUCCAAGUCUUGCAGCAGGUAUCUCUCAACCAGACGAUCCACUAUUACCAGCCAGUCUGAGAUAAGUGAACUGCAGAAAGGAAAGAGAUGGCAAUCCUCUCUCUCAGACAGUGAAUCAGGCUGGACUGAUACAGAAGUUGAUGUUGUUAGUGUGAUCUCCAGACCAGUCAGUAAACAGCUUUCCUAUGAAAUAGGCAAAUACGCUGUUGAAACCAGUGACACAAAAGCCAAAUCUAAACUGAAAAGCCAUGAUUCUGGGAUUUUUGAAAAGACUUCUGAAGAUGCCGAUGACAUUUCCAUGGUGGAGCUGAAUGUCAGAGAGUGCAUUUCCUCUCCUGUUGCCCUGCCAUCUAGAACCUAUAGCCUUGAGGAAAUCCAAACAGGUGAGGGCCUGAAUGGCACUGGACUACGAAAAGGAGACUCUCGCUCUAGACUGUCUGCAACACAGAUACCCAGGAUUAUAAUAACAUACAGCAACGUCCAUGGAAUAGAACAGCCUUCUGAAUACAGCUCUGGCCUCAGGUUCCCUGAGAACAGUAUCCACAACCAGGAUAAGGACUACAGUAGCCAACCAGACAGACGGUACCAGGGUGUUGCCUUAGCCAGUAUCUCAGGAGAAACCACAGAUCAACUGAGCGCAUAAGAUCUUCCAAAACUGCUCUGGUCCACGGAAAGUCACCAUUCCUAUAGUGACACAACACAAGAUAACCCAAGGGUAAAAAGAAGAAGCCGAACCAGCAUCUGAGUUCUCUCCAGUGAUUGGUUUCUUGUUCUAGCUCUUGUGUUGGAACAAGUAUAUUAUUUCUCCACAAUCUAGAUUAUGAAAUUACUCUUUUCACUUGGAUUUCACUCUGUUCAGGAAUUAGCAACUAUUGUGUGAACACCACCUUCAGUUACAGUAUAUGCAGGCUUCAUGAUAAGAGUUAAUUCUGUGCGGCUAAGAUUCAGAUAAUGAUCUUUGCUCAGUGCCAGAUCUCAGCCGCAGUUACUGUACCAGAAAGGAACACUUUUAGAAGGUAAAUUAUGGAGUUGAGAGAAUUUGGAGAAACUUACAGUACCUGGUGGAGAAGGUUUCUUAUUUUUGUUAAAGCUCUCUAAGUAGACCAUGUUUAAGUGCAAUAUCAGUGCUCCCUUUUUGGUUCCAUGCUUUUUCUCAAGCUCUUGUACGGUUUUGUUAAAAAGUAAUGUAUUUAAACAGCAGUUUGAGGUCUCAGAUCAUUCUCCUUAUCUCAAGAAAGGGAAAUCAUUUUCAAGUGUGGCCCACACUCCCCUUCCUUCCUGUCUUCCUUCUGUGUCAGUUAUUAAGGGACCAGUCCAAAACUGGCUGAGCUCACUUGCCUCAGAACAAUAUGAAAGAUUCUGGAAGCUAAUGAGCUUCAGUCACCAUGUUUCAAGGGUGAGGCAGCUGUAAUUAAAUGUCUUAUUGGUAAAGAGCUGCUGCUAGCUCAGAAAGGUACUCUAUUAAGAAACUCUUUCAAAAUUAACUUAGAGCUCAGUGCACUCUGGUUCUGAUUUUUCUAUUAUGAGGGGAAAGGAGGGUUUGACACCCAACCCCAGGCACCCACAAAACAUGGAACCCCAUUACCUCAGCAUUUAACCAUGCUUCUGGACAGCAACAGUCAGGGCCUCCUCCAAACUGUAGCUAUCCCUGCUACUCAACACGUGUUUGUCUUUCAGCACACAGGAGGAAAAUAGCUGUCUGUAGUAAUAAUAAUUCCCCUGUGGAUCUUUCUAGGGUGUCAGGUAAAGGGGCAGAAUCCAGAUGAAAUCUAUGGAGUCAAUAUUUUGAGAAGACUUAGGACUGGUCUACACUACAGAGUUACAUUGACAUAACUCUGUUAUGUUACUUACCUAACUCUGUAAGCAUCAACACUAAAAUGUAGCUCCCACCGAUGUAAAUCACCCACUACACUGAAUUAAUAACUCCACCUCCGCGAAAGGCAUAGCACUUAAAUCAAUAUAGGUAGGGCGACAUAGGGUCAGUGUAGACACUGCAUUACUUGCAUUGCCUGUUGGCUGUCAGCCCCACGGUGGGGUGGUGGUGGUGGCUCCAGCUGUUAGCCCUCUGCAGGGCUCACAGUUUGGGCUAUCAACCCCCAGCAGCAGGGCUCCAGCUGUGAAUGCCCCACAAAGCCAAGAGGGUGAAAGCGCACCACCAACGGGGGGGUGGAAAUAGUGUGGACAUGAAAAACCUCAGUAAUUACUGCAGUGGCUGUACGUCAACCUAACUAAGGUCGACUUCAUUUUGUAGUGUAGACUUGCCAUUAGAUAGGUAGGGGGAAGCAUUCUGCAGAGAUGGUACUUAUAUUUUGAGCACCACUAAGUCUGGAUCUGUGAGGGCUGAUUCCCCUCUGAGCACAUUGGUGGCAAAAACAAAGUGGGUCUUAUUUACUUUAAUGCCUAUUUUCACCAAUCUGGUAUCUUAAAGGGCCUUAAAGUGAGUGUGAGUGGUGUAAAGAGGCCUUAAGGUAAAUGAUGUAAAUGUAAAUGUAAUGUAAAUCAGGUCCUAGGAAUGUUGAUUUGAAACAAACCUUUUGAGAUUUGCCCAUCUCUAAUUAUAACCUGUGUUUGUAACAUGACCAUAACUUCUGCAGCAGCCAAGUGUGACAUCACAGAUAGGACUGUGAAUUCAGGCAGGGAACAAACUGCAGGAGGAAAUAAACUAUUCAGAAACCAAGAUGUUUUCAUGUAAAUGAAAUCAAGGAAAUUAGAGAUGGAAAAGAUCUAUCAUAUCUCCUUCACCAUUAACCUGCCCGGGCAGGAUAUUGUCCCCAGAUAGAGCACAUAACAGAUAUUAAAUCUUGUCCCCAGAUAGAACAGAUACUGUUAGUUAUAAAGAACAGGGAAAGAGGGUGAAAAAAGGAUAUUGUAUCCUAACAAAAGGUAUGUUGUAAAAUUCCCAUCAACUAUAAACAGUUCUUUAAGACCUAUUGUUCACACUAUAAAAAUUAUUUUAAACACAGGUCUGAUUCAUCCCUUCCUUCCCACUUGUGUAGCCAUUUACUUUUGUACAAAAUAGGUGUCAAAUGCUACCAAAUGAUUAUGCUCUACUCACACUGGUGGGAGUUUUGCACCCACUUCUUAUAGGUGUAAAUGAGGUGCAAAGCAAUGGUGAAAUCACGCACAGAGUCUAUUAAGAAAACGUUCAAAGCUCAUAUACAUUCUAUUGUGUAUUAAUAAUUGGCAUGAGAAUGCACUAUGUGCCACUAAAUCUAUCCUCAUCACUUGUUAUGGUUUUAUUCCUCUGUAACAUACUUGGAGAUAAUACUCGGCACAGUACUGCGUUGCCUGCUGCUCUGGUCAAACUUUGCUUAUAGAAUAUAUAAAAGAAUACAUCCAUGACUCGGAAAACCUUCUGAAUUUGCAGCAUGUUGUUCUCUGUUUCCUUCUGCUCAGCAUGUACUAGAGAUUAUUCUGCAUCUAUAAAAAAAAACUACAGCUGUUAGCACUUGUCUGCUUACAAAGGCAUUGAAAUGUGUGUAUUAAUUAGUGAAGAGUGAAGCAUUAGUGAAGCAUUUCAAGUCUCUCCUGUAAAGUCCUGUGUCCAUGAAAUCCAGUCCAGCUCCCCCCCACCCACCCAAAAAAAACCUAUGGAAAUCAUUCAUGGCAAAGACUAGUAAAUUCACUUAAUCUAUCUUUCCCCUGUCAAGAAUGCAGUAACCCCCACCAGCAUUUGGAAUAAAUAGAUAAUUAGUUCACAUUUCAUCUAAUUUUAGUGGCUUUAUUUGUGUCCCUUAUCCCUGGCCUAGCAGCCAUUCUUUUUGCUUUACUGUCUCUUUAUACUUUCUUAAAGUGGACAACCGAGUGGAUUAAAAUGAUUCAGGGUUGAGAUUAUUUGUGUUUCAGUAAAAGUUGGCUGCCCAGUGUGAUUUGCAUUGGAAAGUGGACCUGUUUUACAAGUGUGCAUGUGUGUGUUUCAGAGAUUGGGAUAUAAAACAGAACUAUAAUGAAGCAGAGGCACUUCCCUUUGGACUUUUGUGCUGUAACAGGUAUUCUGAGGCCAGUCUAUUGCCAAGGGAAUCUGUGGGUUGUGCUAUGAGUUAGAGUUAAUUCUUGCAUGAGCUUUGCACCUCCAAAGAGUUGAGUUCAAAUUCUGGCUUAGGUCACAAGUGAAAAUGUGUUUGAUGGUCUCUUCUAUUCAUGCACAUCACAAAAUCACUAUGCAAUCUGUUACAAUUCAUCAUGAUUGGCAGUUUCCACUAAGGAGAACCUGAGGACUGGAAAAGCAGGAGGCUGUUGCAGGUUAGGAUUGAAGUGCAUUUGCACAGCUGCAAAAGAUGCAGGCAGACAACCAGCACUGUACUCAGUUGUAGCCCAGAUUCUUAGUCCCUUGCUCUCAUAGGCUGCAAACUCACUUUCCUCAAGAAAAAUACCUAGCUAGUAUUAUUAUGGAAACUGUUUUGCAACCACUACUGUAAUGAGAGCUGCAGCAACUGCUAUAAUUAACAAAUUAUUACAUUAUUUUGGUGGCUGGCCACAAAUAUGUCAGUGGUGGCCUUUUAACCAGCGCAAGGGUUCAAUGUAAUAGGGAUCCUAGUACUAGCAGCCUUCUGUUAGAAAUAGGCGUAAAUAAAAGAAACUUUAAAAUAAGAAAUAUAUUAAUUCCCUUAAUUUUUCUAUUAUUAUUUCUAUAUGAAGCUCUUAGUCGAGGGCUUUAUGUCAGCAUAUCUAUAUUCUUGUAAAUACUGUGGAUUAAAUAUAUCACGGGUAAUUCCAUUCAAGUCAAUGAAGUUUCUCCAGAAGUGAAUUUGGCCCUGCGAUUCCACUGUGCUGUGUUAGAAGUACACUCAGGCCUUGUUUACACUAGGAAAAUCUUUCUUCAGUAGUUCAGAUCCAGUAGUUCUGCCAAUGGGAAGGGUUCUAGUACAGACACAGUGCAGAAUUUCUUAGCGCUAUGUCCUUUAAGAAGGAGGUGGCUAACACUCAUUACUGCACCUGCACAGAAAGGCUUUUAUGUCUUCCAAGGUCUGGUCUACACUGAGAGGGGGAGAUCGAUCCAAGAUAUGCAACUUCAGCUACACGAAUAGCGUAGCUGAAGUCGAAGUAUCUUGGAUCGAAUUACCUGGGGUCCAGACGGCGCCAGAUC